AUGGCAUUGGGGAUCAGCUUGUGGGUGCUCCACUCGAAGGUGGAAGCCGGCGACAUCUGCAAAGGGAUAAGCAAACCGGACCCGGAGUCCUGUCCCAUUUACUGCCUCAUAACCGACCCGGUCUGCGGUGCUGAUGGCUACACCUAUUGGUGCGGCUGCGUCGAAGCCAUGUGUGCCGAGACUCAGGUCGUGCGAUCUGGACAGUGCUGA